AUAUUUUUGAUCCAUGUUCUCACGUUUAAUACAUUGAAGACUAUCAUACGAAAAGCUUUAGUGGUGUCUCAAAAUGUUUGAUUUUUUUCCCGCCCUUUCGUUAGGGUUAGGGCUAUCCCUGCUAUAACCUUUUGUGCAGUGGCCUUGAUCGAAUAUGCUGAGCAUGACACAGACGGGACCCAUUUCAUGAGGUGCCACUCGUACCCAGUCCUCUUUUAUUUGUCUUCGUGAUUUAUAUAAUAAUAAUCCUUAGGAAUUCAAAACCUUUAUUUUACCUAUAGUAUCUCUGCCUGUUUUAAUUAUUAAUUAUUUUGCUUUUUCUUGAAUAUCAGAGUCAUCUCUUGGGAAAACUGCGAGUAAAGUAUCGAGCUUCUUUGCCAGUUCUUUCUGACGUGACUUCCACAUUAUCCAUUCAAUGCUAUGAACAAAUGCUUUUUAGGAUGUACAGGCUUUGAACAAAGAAUUAACUAAUAUUUACAGCUAACACUUCUUCUACAUACAUAAACUAUUAUCAAAUUUACAUACAUCAGCGAUAGUGAGCAAUGUUUUACUGGAGCCAGUUAAGGAUUCGCAGAUAUGACCUGAAACUUCAGCUGAAAAGAUUUGUUAACAUCGAAGAAACCUGUGAAUACAGUGUAUUUCAACAGCCACCAAUUUGUAACGAAAGGCUGAAAGUUAUAUACUACGAGACCCCGCCUUAUAUACAUAGACUUGAAAAUGGCAACAUUGGUGGGAUCCUUCCAGCUAUUCUUUCUCUGGCUCUGCAAUCUUGUUGCAACAAUUGCACACAUGUGACAUAUUUGCACGGAGUGGACUUUUGGAGCGAUUUUUCGAAUUUCUUCAACAACGAAAGCUUUUAUUCAAUACUUAUGCCAGUUCUUGCAGUAAAGAACGAAAAUGAAAUAUUUGGAAAGCCCUUUAUGAAGCUGAUGAACAACCCUGGAGUUGUUUACAUUCAACUUGAUGACCAGACAAAAAUUGCAAUGUCUGCGCUUUUGAAUUCGAUCUUAAGUACAUGGCCUUUGUUUGUCGUUCUGAUGCUAUUGACUUUUCAGGGAGGCAUUGUCAUCUGGCUACUGGAGAUGAGAAAAAACACAGAAGAAUUUCCCCGCGGUUUUGUGACAGGUAUACUGGAAGGAGGAUGGUGGGCAUAUGUAUCCAUGACAACAGUAGGGUACGGAGAUAAAACACCAAAGUCUUACCUUGCAAGACUUUUUUCCGUAUUCUGGAUAACUCUGGGAAUUGCAAUAUCCGGAAUGUUUACAGCAUCGCUCUCUUCAUCAUUGACAUCGGCCAUGAUUCAGGAAAAACAAGACUUGACUGGCCUAAAGGUGGGAAUACCACUCAAAAAUUCACUGGGAUAUGAAGAAAAUGUUGUGCAUAAAGAAGGAGGAAUCCCAAUAUCUUACAUGAACGAUACACAAAUGAUUCAUGACUUAGAGACGCGGCGAUUGAAUGGAAUCGUCUUGGACAGAUUUGUUUUCAAUUUUACAUGGAGGAAGUUCCAGAAUUCAGGACUGAAAUUGGCUAUGAGAACAGAUAUCCCAAAAUCUGACACUGAAAUUGGCCUAAUGUUUUCAGGAAAUUCCUAUGAGAAAUGGUCUGUAUUUUUGGGCAGCUUUUUCAAGGCUAAUGCAGAUGCAGAAAGUCGUUUUUUGAGUGAUGCAGUUGAAACCCUGCCUGAAAAGGUAAGCACACGAGUUCAAGAAACUGCUCGUUCUGGCAAUAUUUUUGCAUCCUCGACCGUUACAUCCCCAUUGAUUACUGCUCUAGGUGUUGCUGCUUGUGCUCUAUUCAUUUUUGGAUUUGUAUUCAGAUGCAUCUAUCGUUUUACUCUUGAAAAAUCAUUGGCAAAAGUACAGAUUGCUAAGUCGGAAAUCAUAGAAAUGAAACAAGCGGAGCUGAAAUCUUUCAAAACACGAACUUUAUCGAUUUGAAUCCUGAUAUGCAAGCAUAAGAAAAGCGAAGAAAACAAGAUUACUUGUGUGAACGUUUCUAAGAAAUGUUAGUCAAGAAAGAAAGAGAUUAGGUAC